AUGCCGUCUUUUGAAAAAUCCCUACAGUUCAAAUCACCCUCAACAUCGCUCUCUUUCAUGAUUCUAAGUCAACAUACCACAUUGUUACUUGUACACCCAUGUUUACUGCACCACUAUCCACACUCUUCAUCAAAGGAACAAUUCACAGUGACUGGAUUGGAGGGACCAGUCUUGGCUCCAUUUGGGACUGUGCUGGAGCUCAGCUGUCAGUUGUCACCACCACAAAAUGCUCAGCACAUGGAGAUCCGCUGGUUCAGGACCCACUAUACACAGCCUAUUCACCUAUACGAGAAUGGCAGAGACCUUUUUGGAGAAAUUAUUCCCAAAUAUGUGGAAAGAACAGAGCUUCGGAAAGAGGCCAUUAGAGAGGGGAAAGUAACCCUUAGGAUCUUCAAUGUCAAUCCUGAUGAUGACGGGAAGUACCACUGCUUCUUCAAAGAUGGCAAGUUCUAUGAAGAGCACAUCACAGAAGUCAAGGUCAUAGCUGGGAGCUCCCAGAUUCAGAUUCUUGUCCAUCCUCCUACUACCAAAGGGGUGAUAGUGGAGUGUCACUCCAAAGGUUGGUUCCCACGGCCUCACUUGGAAUGGAGAGAUAGCAGAGGAGAUAUCAUUCCAGCUGAAUCAAAAUCCUAUUCACGGGAUGAAGACAAAUUGUUCAAUAUGAAGAUGACCCUUCUCCUUCGAAACAGAUCCCUCGGGAACAUCACUUGUUGCCUUUGGAACCCUCUAAUAGGCCAAGAGGAAAGCACAAGCAUUGUUCUACCAGAUGAAAUAUUUUCUUGGAACACUAUUUGGUGGAUGAUUGUGAUCGUAAUUCUGAUUGUGAUGGCACUCUUCAUCAUAAUUCACAGUUGUAAACUACAUGUCAUGGAAGAUUAUCUCCUGGAGAGCAAGGCUGACUGUGCCUGA